UGCAAAAUGUGGAAGAAAACGGUCAUCGUGAACCAGUGGUAUUGGUGUAUUUGGGUUAUUGGGGAAGAAGGGAUAAGGAGCUUCAACAAAGCAUUUUCCGGCGCCAAAUCCAGCUCCUCCUCAAAUGGCCCUUCUUCAUGCGUCCGCUUCUCUCUCCCUCGCCACACGCGAUGUUUCCUUCGCAAGAACAGCACCAAAAGCUUUUCCGCUUCAUAGAAGUCCCCUGCCGAAUUUAUUUCGAAUUGGAACCACCUUCGCUACUGGCUCUCCACUCGUGUUAAGCAAGCCAACUGGUCAAAAGAAGCACGCUUUGAAACAAAAUUCUGUUUCUAUAAGAUGUGAGCAAAGCACCCAACAGAGUAAUCUGGAUGUUUGGCUUGGGCGGUUUGCAAUGGUAGGAUUUGCAAUUGCAAUUAGUGUUGAAAUUGCAACGGGCAAGGGACUUUUAGAGAACUUUGGAGUAACGUCUCCCCUGCCUAGUGUGGCCUUGGCCGUUACUGCAUUGGUUGGCGUACUGACUGCAGUUUUCAUCUUCCAAUCAGCUACCAAAAAUUGAAGCCAUCUAGAUUGCUUUUAUACGUUUUUCUGUAAAGUUUGUAAUACUAAAAUAUGUUUUCCUUGAUAUUCAUUUUCAUUCAUUGUAAUAUUCUCGAGUGCGAACAAUGGCCAAUCAAGUUUGAAUGUACAAUGACUAAUAGAAACUUUUUUCACAAAAAUCUCCCCCAUCAACAUCAAUGAGUCAAUGACUUUGUUGUCAGAUUUCCUGUA